CAUAAUAAUGAAAAGGAGGAACAAAAACUAGACAACUCUGAUCUCUUAACCCUAGUACUGCACAGUAAAGAAAUACUGUACUUAAGGUAGCAAAAAUGGUUCCAAAUCUCCUUCCAGGCAGAUGGCCUCUGAUGUCUUUAAUUCUAUCAGGUGUUCUUGCUACUGACUGGAUAGUGCGUGUCCCUGUGGACCCAGUCUAUGCUUCAGUUGGGUCAUCAGUAGUUCUGUCCUGCAUCUAUGACUACCCUGAUGGGUCAGACCAGGGAACACCACACAAAGUGCUCUCAGAGAUGUGGUGUCUGAAUCAAAGCCAAUGCAUCACUGAAAGAUAUGUUUACCAUAGUGAAGGGAUAUUCCCAGAGCCCUCGUACCAGGGCCGAGUGCAAUACUUUGGGCAGAAAGGCAGCAAGAACUGCUCUCUGAAGAUAUCUGACCUGAGAUCAACAGACAGCAGUGUGUACGUAUUCCGAUUCAUCACUGAUCACCUGAAGGCUAAGCUCCCAGGACAGAAAGGAGUGACUCUACUGGUUUUCUCGAGAAGUACUGCUUCAACCACUAUUGGCAUUGUGUUUGGAGUCAUUCUCAUCUUCAUAAUAACAGGCAUUGUGAUUUACACUAUAUGCAAGGCACGGAGACAGAGGUCCAGAUCACUUUAAACAAAAAAACUCAUCACCAAUAAGCAUCUUAUUACCACAGAGGAUGAGGAAAUAGAUUGGAGAUAAGAUAUGCUGGUGAGAGUGAACUGAAACUGGGAUCAAAACAAUGUUUCUGUAGCUUGGGUCAUCGGUUUCGAUUCUCAGGGAACAUAUAUGCUGAUAAAAUAUAUAGCUUGAAUGCACUGUAAGUUGCCAAAUGUGUGAAUGCAAAUUGAUGGUUUGGCCUUUCCUGUUUGUUUGCUCCAUUUAUCAUAGUUUUAUGUCAUUUAUUUAUCUAUUUAUGUGAUCUUGUGCACAUCACCCAGUAUUCAAUUCCAUUCUGAUUUAUUUUCACCUUUUGCAGUCUAUAUGUUGUAUAUGUAUACCUAUCUUGUAUAAAGUAUCUUGUAUUUUAAAUGUCACUGCAGCUAUACUGCAUAUCAGAGUGACCACAUUGCCUUCUGGCACUAUACUAGGGGGACUGAUUGGACACCACAAGUUUUUGUACAAAACCUGAUGAUCCAUGUUAUCCAUGUUGGUUUGAGAAUGUUCCAAAGAGCAUCUUGUGUGCUUCAACGGAAUCAAGGAAAUUUCCAAUGUGGUCUCAAACUUUUGGACCCCUCUGUAUACUAUAUGUACUGUGCUUAUUGUUCAAUUAAAUAUGUUGUUGAAGUAUGCAGGAAGAUUGUUCUGCUUUCUCUGUCUUGUUGUUUGGGGUUUGAUAAGUAUAAUUUGCAGGUUUAAGAUAAAGCCUAUCUAGGGACCUCAGAUACAAAUUAGCAUGUGCUUUGUACUGUCCCUAUAAAAUAAAUAAAUAAAUAAAAACUUA